AUGUCUGCUACUGAUAAAACCAGCUUACCGUUCACUGAACAACAUUAUUUUUCUUCUUAUGACCAUUUUGGGAUUCAUGAAGAAAUGUUGAAGGAUACUUCCAGAACAUUAUCAUAUAGAUCAGCUAUGUACAAGAACAAGCAUCUCUUUAAGGAUAAGGUUGUCCUUGAUGUUGGAUGUGGUACCGGUAUUCUCUCUAUGUUUGCUGUUAAAGCCGGUGCUAAACAUGUCUAUUCUGUUGAUAUGUCAAAUAUUAUUGGAAAAGCCAAAGAAAUCGUAUCGUUGAACGGGUUUGAAGACAAAAUCACAUUGUUACAAGGUAAAUUAGAAGAUAUCGAAUUGCCAGUUAAAGAGGUUGAUAUAAUUGUUUCUGAAUGGAUGGGAUACUUUUUGUUAUACGAAUCAAUGUUGGAUACUGUUUUGUAUGCCCGAGACAAGUACUUGGUCGAAGGUGGAUUAAUUUUACCAGACAAAUGUUCGAUGUACAUUGCUGGUAUUGAAGAUGCUCAGUACAAGGAAGAAAAGAUCCAUUACUGGGAAGAUGUUUAUGGAUUUGAUUACUCUCCAUUCAUCGAUGUUGCUAUGGUUGAACCUUUGGUCGAUACCGUCAACAAUCAAUCUUUGAUUACGACUCCACACAAAUUCUUUGAAUUUGAUAUAAAUACUGUUACAAAAGAAGGGUUAGCUUAUCACAAGAAUUUUGACUUGAAAGCUAUUGACACUGAUUUAUGCCAUGCUUAUAUCGUUUGGUGGGAUUGCGAAUUCCCAGGUGACGAAACAGUUAUCUUACACACUGGUCCAAUGCAUCAAUACACUCAUUGGAAACAAACUGUUUUCUACAUGGAUCAAGUUCUUAACUUAAAGAAAGGUGAUCAUAUUAAAGGGUCGAUUGCUUCCAGACCAAAUACCAAGAACCCAAGAGAAUUAGACGUUGAAAUCAGUUGGAAUGUUAAGACUGACUCGAAUGAUAAGUCAAGAGAAAAGACUGGUAAGUAUAAUUAUUUCAUGCGUUAA